UGCCAGCUCRUGUUUCACAUUCCUGCUUUCCACCUGUUUUCCUGUCUUCCCACUAAGCUGCCAGUGGCAAGUGGCAGUGACUUCCCUUUAUCCUGGRGCUGCUGAUGUGCAAGGUACUAAACCCAACCUAUCACCCCAACCAAGGYUGGUGUUUUAUCAGCAAGACUGACUGGCUCAGGCUGACUCAUGCAAUUUUAUCCCAUCUGUUAUCAAAUGACAUGUGSGUUUCCUUAUUUUUUGCCAGCCUGCCUGGCUUUUCUCUGCUGGUUCCUGGYCAGCCAGCUUCCACCUCCCAACAUUCAUCCUUGGUGCUGUGUCCCACCUCACCAAAGCCACCUUGGUCAUUGUGCCUCUCCACUCCCAGAGUCUUGCCUGCAGCAGAGCUAGAUCCAGCACGGAUAGGAUGGGUUUUGGAGGGUAUUCCUGUGGUGCUGARGCUUAUCUGGUGGGAGCAUCUUGCUGCUGCCACUGCCUCAUCAAUGACACCCUUCUGGUUGCUAAAUAUGUUACCUGAAACAGUGAAGUCCGUUGAUGAUAGCGUUUUUGGGAAGCUUUCUGCCUCCCAGGCUGAUCUUCCCACUCCAAACAUCCACUUGGGCUGUGYACURGGUCACAUUCCUGGGAAGCUCAUCCAUGGCUUGGAAAGCAGCUGGAUGGAGUUGUGGUUUUAUGGAGCUGGGAGCUUAAUUUUGCUUUCUUUGAUCCAAAGGAUGGCCAGAUCCAGUCAUCCACCGGCGUCCUGUGUGUGUAUUCCAGGGAACAGAGGCUUGGGAAUGUACCAKGGGAAGUUCAGCUUCGACACCUUCYCGCACUGCUGCGCGUGCCUGAAGMACAGGAUGGGCCAGGAGCCCCUCAAUGCCCCGUGCUACCCCCCAGUGCUACAGCCAGCAGAAAUUUGGGCUUGUCCAGGCCACUUCCAAAGUGUCAGGAAUCGGCUGGAAGSCUCCGGAGGCUCGGGAAGCCCCAGAGAACCGGGGGGCUCUGGAAGAGCGGAAAGCUCCGCGCCGCCACCGUAACCACGCGCCUCCUCCACGAACACGCGCUUCCGCUUCCUCUUGCCCGUUGGCCACGCCCCUUCUCCUCACCAAUCGCCGCUCAGCACGGCCGGCUCCGUCCAAUCAACUGCUC